AUCAUCUGUUGUUAUUUUGCGGAGGACGAGCGGUGCCAAGACUCCCGCUGCAAACAAGACAAAACCCCGAGUUCCGCCCCGACACGGCCGAAAAUCGUGCGUAGUUGCACGGGCGUGUCGCCAGUUGAUUGUCUAUCAGAUCCCAAGGCAGCAGGUUUAACAUCACCCACCACGGCGCUGCCUUUUGCCUUUUCGAGUUUCGAUCGAAACUCGAUUUUCUGCAGAAUCAUGGAGUCAGAUAUCAUAGCUGCUCCGGAUAAACAGCCUCUGGCAGACCAUCUCUGCGUUCUGGUCCAUGGUCUUUGGGGCAACCCAUCGCACCUGAACUACGUGGCAUCAGCGCUGAGAGAGCGAUACAAGGAGGAUACUCUCUACAUUCUUGCCGCCAAGCGCAAUGCGGGAAGUUUCACCUACGACGGUAUCGAGCUCGGUGGCGAGCGCGUUGCAUAUGAGAUCGAGGAGACCCUGGAGAAGUUGGCGGCCAAAGGAUACCAGAUCAAGAAGUUGAGCAUAGUGGGAUACUCGCUGGGUGGCCUGGUGGCCAGGUACGCCGUCGGAUUGCUCAACUCGAGAGGAUGGUUAGACAAGCUGGAACCGGUGAACUUCACUACGUUCGUCUCACCACACGUCGGGGUGCGGACGCCGAAGAAGGGGAUCCAAAACCAUCUUUGGAAUGUCUUGGGGGCGCGGACCCUUUCGAUGUCUGGCAGGCAACUGUUCAUGAUCGACUCAUUCCGGGAUACCGGUAAACCGCUGCUCAGCGUCCUGGCCGACCCGGAUAGUAUCUUCAUACGCGGCCUAGCCAAAUUCAAGAACCGCUGCGUAUAUGCCAACAUCGUCAACGAUCGCUCCACGGUAUUCUACACCACCGGUGUCUCCAAAGUGGAUCCUUUUGUCGACCCCGAAAACACCAACUUCAACUACAUCAAGGGAUAUGAACCGGUCGUCAUCAACCCCGACGUGCACGUGCUUCCCGAGGGCGAGAAGGAGAUGCCCUCUGCACUUGCACGGGUUCGUCAGCAGUGCGUCAAUGCCCUUCUCAAAGUACCCUUCUUGCUCUUCAUCCUCAUCUUUGUCCCCAUCGGCUCGAUUCUCUUUCUUCUCAACUCGGUCGUCCAGAACUUCCGCAGUCAGAAGCGAAUUCGACUCCACGAGGAGGGCAAAACUGGCGUCACUUUUGGGGGAUAUCGAGUACCUCUGAUUGUCCAGGAUGUGCGCAAUGCAGUAGAAGACGUCUUUGAGAAUGUCAACGCUACGCAGGAACAGGAGUACCUUUCCGACUCCAGUGAGGCGGAUGAGAGGCGGGUUUCAAAACACCGGUCAACGUCGUCAUUCAGUGAGAAGACUGCGAUGGAUGAAAAAGAGGGAAACCAAUUCGUCGAACAUGUAGACAGUGUGGAAGACAGCGACGUGGAGGACCAGGGCUCUGUGUCUUCAGCUGGCCGGCAGACUUCUGAGUUCCCGACUCUCGCCCUCACGCCGGCGCAGUUUGCGAUUAUCGACUCGCUGAACUCGAUUGGAUUCCGCAAGUACCCGGUGUUUAUCCACAAUAGCCGCCACAGCCAUGCUGCGAUCAUCGUGCGGAUGCCCAAGAAAGCCUUUGACGAGGGCAAGCUCGUCAUCAAGCACUGGCUGGACCAAGAGUUCAAGAUAUGAAACACGGCGAACUCUCCCUGACCAAACACAAUGCUGUGUUUGAGAUCAUGCCAGGAUGGUUCUGGGUAAUCGUAACCUCAGCCGUCUACCAUCGGCGUUCAGAAGUAAGCAAGAUGCGGAGAGACGUUCCCCACGGCGAUGCCGACAAACUGUUCUCUCGGACGGUGCGGAGACGGCGGCAUUCCCCGAAGAACGUUGAU